UUAAGUAACAGUGCUGCUGGAAGCACAGUUUGAAAUACUUGCAGAAGAUUUUACCUUUUCAGAUUCUGCAAAGUGCCUGAAGAACGAUCAACACACAGGUCACAGAGAAGAGAUCUUUAGAGACAGGCUUUCAAUAACCAACAUAUAAAGAUCAGUGGGUCCACCUUUCCAAGAGUCCUCCAAACGAUCUGCCUGUUAGCUAAAAAAAUAACAGCACACCAAAGAAGAUAGAUUGUUAAAAUACACAGCAUCCAUAUCGCUACCAUGAAAGAAGAGGAGAACAUUCUGGAGCUCAGCGAUGCAGCCCCUGAACCAUCAUCCAUUGUGACUUUUGAAAACACAGCUCAAAAAGCUUCAGGAUCAAAAAUAGCUCCUCCAGUGGCACCCAAACCUGCUUGGUUUAACCCGAGUCUGAGGAAAAUACAAGAAAAUCCAGAUCAGAGGAAGCAAGUCAGUAAUUCAAAGGAGAUACCUGAGGCAGGUGUUACCAGAAGCUUUGGAGGCAGGUCUACCUCAGGUACUGUUAGCAUGUCAUUCAAACAAAAGAUUCGCUCUUUUGAGACAUUUUCUACUGCAGAAGCUCAGGAAAAAAGAGCCAGCAGAAGAUCCACUCCCCAUUCCAACUUGCUUGCUUUGUUAAAACAGGAGUCUGAAAGUGCCUGUUGUUCCCCAGACAGACAUGAUGGCAAGAGCAAACAGGGCAUCCCAACAGAAAUGCAGUCAGAUCAGUCAACAUCUGUUGUGAAUGAGAACAUCUCUGUUCCACCUUCUGUCAUCACAUCAGCUAUGGACCAAGAUUAUUGUCAACCUAAAGUCAAGAUGUCUGAAGAUCAGCUUUCUUGCUAUGAGAUAGGUAUUAAUAACCUACCUUCUGACACCAUCUGCUUAGAAACUGACUCUGUAAUAGAUGAUGCUACUUCAGCCUCUGUUCAUGCUGGUUGUAAACUCCAACCAUCCACAGAGGAAUCUGAGUCAGAGACAGUGGAUAUCAGCAGGUCCAGUGUCUUACCCUCUGCUUCUUCAGUGAGAAUGAAUCAAAAGGAAGAAGAGAAACAUUUAGAGGAGAACUCUGGAAAUGAUUGUGAAGAGCGACUUAGAACAGCUCAGAACACUUUCCACACAACAACGUGUCAGCCCCAGAAGAGCCAGGAGGGAGAGCAGUUUGGAAAAAUCAUCGCCUUCAGCAAUCAGGUUUCACAAGCAAUAUUGCGUUCCCUUCCUUCUUCUGACCAUGGCAAUCCUCAAUCCCAAAAUGUUCUGGAGACUCCACUUAAAGAUGUUGAUAAUCCCCAAGAGUCUGAGCUGGGUAAAGACUGCACAAAUAAAGGUUUCUCUGUCAGCCUAGCCACUCUGACAGAAUGCACCACUGAGCAAGGAAGGCAGACCUCUGACCGAGAAACCUACGCUCAUUCUGUCAUCUCAGUUAUCCCUUCUCAGGAAAUACAGAAGAUGAUUGAGGAAGUUGAAGCUUUGGAUGAAGAGACACUGAAGCAACUAUUGGACAUCCAUGUUGUGAUUCUGCACAAAGACAUAGGAGCGGGGUUAGGCUUCAGCAUCGCUGGAGGAUGUGACCUGGAGAACAAAGCUCCAACAGUGCACAAGGUGUUCCCCUGCGGACUGGCAGCUCAAGAGGGAACCAUUCAAAAAGGAGAUGUGGUUUUGUCCAUUAAUGGUCUAACACUGUGUGGUGUCAAACACAUGGAUGCCACUGCUAUUUUACGUCAGACCCGUAGUCAAACUUUGGCUGUGGUAGUCAUCUGCAAGAGAACUAACGAAGAGGAGAAAGAUGGAGGAAACAGGAUGGGAGAGGAAACAGUGGAACAGGAAACCCCACUGAGUGUUGAUGUGGAGAAAGGUUCUGGUGGAAUUGGCUUUUCUCUGGAAGGAGGAAGAGGAUCAAUUCAGGGAGACAGACCUUUAGUCAUCAACAGGAUAUUCAAAGGUGGAGCAGGAGAGCAAAGCGGUCUGCAAUGUGGAGACGAGCUUCUGCAGGUUCAAGGAGUGAGUCUACAGGAUAUGACUAGAUUUGAGGCAUGGAAGAUGAUCAAGGCUUUGCCUGAAGGGCUUGUUAGACUUGUAAUCAGGAGAAGGCAGGUAGCAGAGGACUAAAAGUCAUAAAGGGCCUUGGAAAAAAGAUCUAUACCCUCUGAGCAUUUACACACUUUGUCACGUUACACUCAAAAACGUCUGAGUAUUCUGUUGGGAAUUCCUGUAAUAUAUUGACCAACAUUAAACAACAUAGAGCUGGAAAGUUGAAGGAAAUUGAUCAAUUGUUUUCAAAAAGGUUUUCCAAAUAUAAAGGACUGUCAGCUUCUUUACAUUUCCACAAGAACAUUGUGGUCUUGCAUUUCAACAUAAAAUCCAAAACCAAUUAGUUACAGAAGUUCCUAUAAUUAAUAAAGAAGGUCCUACUGUUUGUUUUAAAUAACACCAAGUUUGCAAUAAAUGUUAUCUUAGCACUUCUACAUACAGACUGGUAGAUUAAAGUAGAUUUGUCUCUUAAAGGAGCAGUGACCAGACUUUAACCUGACAAUAUGUAGAAAAACUUAAAGAUUGAUGUUUCAACAGCCAUGCUUCAGCUGUUCUUCAAAUAAUAACCAUUGAAAUCUUUCCCAGAAAUUCCACAUUAAAUACUCUAAAGUUUGAGGUUGUAACAUGUCAGUUGGGAGAAAAGUUAAAGGAGCUUUAAUAUUUUUGUGUUGGAAAAUGGUGGCAAAUUAAUAAGACAAAAAAUAAAACAGCAAAAUUUCUUCCAAGUCUGUAAAACUGUCUGUAAAAAAAUUGUUUCAAUAACAUCUUAGUUUUAUUUCAAAAGAAUACAAGAGCAAAACAGCUAAUAAAUACAUGUUAAUUAAAUCACCAACAGAUUUUUUAAAUUAAAUUCCUCUUUCAGAAUAAAAGCACUGAACAAAAUCUUUCUUAAAAUCACCUCUGUAACUCUGUAAUGCCAGUUCAGUCAGAUCUCUGAUCCUGGAAACUAAUGGAACAUUAGGAUUGUUGUAUUUCUUAGUUUGGUUUAAAAGAUAGAUCUGCUUUAUAAUACAACAUGCUGUAAAAUAUGGUUGUAUAGCAUAUGCAGAAUGGAUUACUGCAUAAGCUAUACAAAUUACCAAAACUGAUCAUUUUCAAGACAAUUUAAUAAAAUUAUCCUGUUGUAGUUCACAUAUUUUCCUUCUGUGUACCACCCAGGUCCCUUAACCAGUUUCAGGACUCGACUUGCACUUGUAUACUGAGAAAAAUAUUCUGAGUUCUGGAUAUAGAUUAGUUUAAUUUCUGUAAUUGGGCACAAGAAAAAUCAGCUUAGUAUCUGUUCUUCAACUUAGUUUGUAAAUAAACCUAAGAAAACCUG